AUGGUUUCACAUGAGAAAUUGAGUAUUUCCAAGAAGCUUGAGAUGUCGCUAGAUGAUAUCGGAAAAGCCAUGGAUAAGGAAACAACUAGGAAAGACUCUAAAUUUAAGAGACUUCCAGCUAGGAACAACUUUGUAAAUCAGAGAAAACCGAGAUACAACUUCGCCAACGAUAGAAAAAGUUUCAGAGGAGGAAGGCAGAAGCCUAAAUUCAUCGUCAGAGUUUCCAAUUUGGACCAUACUAUUAUGCAGAAGGACUUGAUGGAGCUGUUUAGUUCCGUUGGAGAGGUAAUAAAGGCUUGGGUAGAUUAUGAUAAUACGGAUAGAUCGAAGGGAACUGGUGGCUGCAUGUAUAAAUUCGCUGAGGACGCGGAACGUGCCAUAGAAAAGUUCAACGGGAGUAUAAUUGAAGGUAAAGCCAUUAAGCUUCACGGUGAAAUUUUAAUCCAAGACCGGGAGCCAUUCAGACAGAGAAACAACUUUAAUAGAUUCCAGAGAAAUAGAUUUUCAAACAACUUAAAGUCCCCUUGGUAG